UUCACUAUGGAGAAUAGUAGUUUGCUGAUCUUGCAUAUCUUAUUCAUACUAGCUUGCUUUGCUAUAUGCAAUUAUGCGGUUAAGUCAGACAUUGAUUGCCUCAGAUCCAUCAAGGAGUCCCUUGAAGACCCCGAGAAUCUCUUAUCUUCAUGGGAUUUUAGCAAUAAUACUGAAGGUCACAUAUGUGGCUUUACUGGAGUCGAAUGCUGGCACCCUGAUGAAAGCACGGUUCUGAACAUUCGCUUAUCAGACAUGGGACUCAGAGGACCAUUUCCGUUAGGCGUAAAAAACUGCACCAGCUUAACCGGGAUAGAUCUUUCUAACAACCACCUCACUGGACACAUUCCUUCUGAUGUUGCACAUGUUUUAUCAUUCGUCACAACGGUGGAUCUCUCUAGCAACAGUCUGUCAGGUCCAAUUCCACCUGGCUUUGGCAAUUUAAGUUUCAUGAAUGUUCUGAGGCUUGAUAACAACCAACUUACAGGCCAAAUCCCUCCAGGAUUGUCUGAACUUAAACGCCUCAAGAAAUUUAGUGUUGCUAACAAUAGAUUGUCAGGAAAAGUACCCAUAGAGCUCCAAUUGUAUAACUUCCCUGCCGACAGCUAUGCAAACAACCUAGAGCUUUGCCAGGGCCGUUCCUACGUUUUUGGAGACCCUAAGUGAACUCUGAAGGAGGGGCCCUAAUUUCGCCGAUAAACUCUCCUCCAAUCCCGACGCAAUGGGUAGUGAUAGUCGCUAGCCUAGAAAUUGAAAGCAAGUUGCAAUAGAAAGUGGGAACGAUGAUUGCGGCAGUAUUUAGGGGCUUUAGGCCACUAAAUAUUGAUGAUUAGGUCGAUGGUAGUUGUGUUGUAAUAGUUGGAAAUCAAGGCGAAAUGGGUUUUGAAACUUGACCUUUGUUUGCUAAACAAUAUUUAUUUUGGACUCCUUUAAUGAAAAAUCAGUUUAGUUUUGAAAUAAACGUAUUUA